CAAUUUAAAGAGUAUGUUUAUGUAGUAAGUCAAAUUCUAUCUAGGCGUUUUAUGUACAUAUCGACUAUCAUAAAAGCCCAUUAACGAUAUGGACGUGCAGCCCAUGGCCCAAUUCCAACCCGAUCCACUGGUUCGGAUCUGUCAAUGACCCGAAGCUUUUCCAAUAAGCUUUUCCCUUUUGCCCUUUAUCAUAUCUGCACACGAGCGUAUCUUUUUCCGUUUAUCGUUUAUCACAAGCAAACUGAUCAAUUCAAUUCUCAAUCGGCGAAGAUGAAGAAGGAAGAUACUGUUAAGCUAAUUAGCGCCGAAGGUUUCGAAUUCAUCAUUGAUAAGAAGGCUGCUAUGGUUUCACAGACCAUUCGUAACAUGCUCACUUCUCCAGGGAGUUUUGCUGAGACGGAGCAUGGGGAGGUGACUUUUCCGGAGAUUAGCACCACCAUUCUUGAGAAGAUUUGCCAGUAUUUUUACUGGUCCCUUCAAUAUGCAAGUGGCAAGGAAACAGAAUUUCAUAUUGAGCCUGAGAUCACUUUGGAAUUGAUGAUGGCUGCCAACUAUUUGCACACCUGAGGAACAAAAUUACUCUGGGGUCCUAAGAUAUAGAAGUUUGGAAAAAAAAAAAACUGUUUCUAGCACCAACUUGCCAUUGGAGCUGGUAGGAUGUGGAUAUUUUUAGUUGUUUCUGAAGUUGGCACUGUAACAUUUGGUACAUAAGUUCUCUCCUUCUGCUGGAGAAUAUACUAGUAUUAGACAUUUUGGGGCCUCAGUUCUGUCUGUUCUAUGGCUAACCCAUUUUUACAGCAGAAUUUAUCCCCAUGUGUAUGAAUGUAUCAUGUGGUAUUUGAAUUUUGUUGAAGUUACUAAAUGCUCUCUCUGUUUA